AUGCACCCCCGCGCCGCCUCGGGCGCCACCGGGAAGUCGACCGCGCCGUACGGGUCCUGGGAGUCGCCGAUCAGCGCCGCCGUCGUCUCCGCCGCCGGGAGGACCGCCGAGGGGUUCGCCAUCGCCGGCGACGGCCGGCUCGUCUGGGUGGAGACGCGCCCCGAGGAUGGAGGGCGCGCGGUCCUCGUGAAGGAAGCGGCAGAACCAGGCGGCAAGGUUCUUGAUGUGACGCCGCAGGGGUUCGCGGUGCGGUCCCUGGCGCAGGAGUACGGUGGUGGGGCGUUCGCCGUGCAAGGGGAUACCGUUGUGUUCUCUAACUACACUGACCAGCGUCUGUACAAGCAAACAAUAGGAGGUGAGGAGCUGACCUGA